AUGUCGGAUUCAAGCGAUUCAUCUGAUGAUGAAUAUCGAAUGGAUAUUGAUGAUGAAGAAUUGAAUUUUAAAGACAAACUUUUGCUAACCGACAUUGGUGAUCUUGCUGAAAUGUGCAAGUGGAAAUGUGACACGAAAUAUCUUAGCACUUUGCUUUAUAUGUCGUUACGUUUCUUUAAUAUUAAAUGGGAAGAUGUCGAUGAGUAUUUGGAGAGCAUUGGUUUUAUGACCGCGAAAACUUCUCAUAAAUGGGCAACAGUGUUUAUCGAAGGAGAUUAUGAAGAGUUUUCAAAUGAUUUACGUGGUGUUCAUGAUGAACCAACGUUUAGAAGUGGUGAAGUUAGCCCAAAACGGUGGUUUUUCAAAGAGAAUACACCGGUUUUUUCAAAGGGACGUGGUCGAAGUCAUAUGGUAUCUGAUUUUCUUGUUCAGCAUCCAAGUGGACCCUUUUUUCAACUUAGCGAAGAUGAAUGGAAACAAGCGCUUGGAAAGUAUAAGUCAUUAAGUGCGGAUAGUGAUGUUAACUAUCUUAGUCGAACAGCAACAGCAAGUAUUAAUAUCGGAACUGACGCUUACUUCGAUAUUAAUACCAUCUUAAGUCAAUUUGAAAGACUCUUUGAAAUGCUAGAAUUCAAACAAGAAUACAAGGAUAAUCAUACAGAAAUCAUCGUGGACAACGCAAGAACUCAUACUAAGAAAGCAUAUUCGUUACAAGAAUUCGGUAAAAAUAUUGGUACUCGGUGUCCGGUGGAGAAAAUCGAAUAUGUCGAUGAAAAGGAUGCAACAAAAGUUAUUGAUUGUUAUUUUGAUAAGGGGACAAACAAAGAUAGGAAUUUGAGUGUUUGUUCCCGAACACUAAUGUGA